AUGAUCGGCAUCAAUGAAGCAAAAACCACCCAGUUUGCGAUUACGAAAUCACUUCAGUGCCUUUUCCUCGCCAGCGCAAUCGUCCAGAUCCCGCUCUCCGCCGUUAAGAUAUCUAUCUUGCUCUUCUAUAGACGGAUAUUUAACGUUGGAAUGUUCAGGAAAGUAGUGUUUGGUGUUAUUGCGCUUGUUUCGUGCUGGGGCAUCAUCGUCUUCUUCUGCAUGCUGUUUCUGUACGAUCCAGUGGAUGCGGCCUGGGGCGCGAGCGUAGGAAAACCACGAUUCGAUCCAGCAAUGCUCGGGUACGGCCAGGUUGGCUCUAGUAUAGCGCUCGACAUUUUGGUGCUUUGCCUGCCAAUUCCGCUCAUCUACAGACUGCAUCUGGACAGGAAGAGGAAGAUCGCAGUGAUGCUUAUCUUCUGGCUCGGCGCAUUCUGUGUCGUUGCUGCCAUUGUGCGAUUCAUCUUGCUGCACCAGACCUUGGACGCGGUGCUCAGUUCGGCUGGCAACGGCGCAGUUCACUUGCAAUCGAAAAACUUCAUCUUCAUGCUCAUUGAGCCGAACUGCUCCGUCAUUGCGGCAUGUCUGCCCUGCUACGGACCGCUGUUGCGAAAUGGACGGUCACAAAUGUCGCUUGUCCACAGCGUGCGGUCCUUGUUUUCGUUGCGCAGCCAGGCGAGCAGUGUCAACGGUGAAUACGGGCGGUAUGGCAGCAAAGGCGACGGGUCACUCGAUGCACGCUCUGCGACCGACUCUCAUAUUGAGCUCAAGGCUCAUGAUGGCCAGUCCACUGCUAUCGUGGAGCGCUACUCGCAACAAUCGGAUGCGGAGAGGGGUGAAGUACAAUCCGGUGGGAUUAACGUGACGAGCGACGUCCGUGUUGUACGUAGCUAA